AUGGAUUCAGCCCGCCCCAUCAAACCUUUCGAUGCAAAGGUGGAACAUUUAGCAGUGGAGUGGAGAAAGUGGAAGAGAAGUCUUGAAUACUACUUGGAGGCAAGUAAUGUUGUUGGACAAAGGGAGAGAAGAAAUCAGUUGUUACACUUGGGUGGCCCUGAACUUCAGGAUAUAUUUGACAGUCUGCCUGGUGUACAUGAUGUUCCACAUGUGGCUGUUGAUCCACCGUUUUACGACGUUGCAAUCGAGAAAUUGGACGCUCAUUUUCAGCCAAUCCAACGACGAACCUAUGAACGACAUGUUUUUCGUCAAAUUGCGCAACAAAACGGGGAACGUUUUAAUGAUUUCGUUAUGAAAUUGCGUAUGCAAGCAAAUCGAUGUGAUUUCGACCAAGAAGGUGGAAGCGUUCGAGAUAGUAUGAUCAUCGACCAAAUCGCGGAAAAAUGUUUGUCUUCUGCUCUACGCAAGAAGAUACUGGAGAAAGAUAGACCUCUAAGCGAAGUUGUAGCGAUUGGGAAAACUAUUGAGGACGUUGAAAUACAAUGUAAAGAACUAGUUUCUUCGAAUAAAGAACCAAAUGGUGUUAACAAAGUAGCCUUGCAGCAGUAUUCAAGUCCAACGUCUUUCCGCGGUCAACAGUGUUGGUCUUUUUUGCCACCAACAGAAUUGCGUAACCAGUAUGCUCGUAAUCAGUGGCGACCCUUGAAUUUCGGAAACAGGAGUGAGACCCCUGGGCAAUCGAGACAAACAAACCGUUUCUCAACAAGGCCGAAAGAAAGAUCAGCGGAUGCGUUCCAGCAACGUAACGAUCAAGACCACAGAAUCUGUUUUGGAUGUGGUCGUCGUGGACAUGCCAAAGGAAGUGACGGAUGUCCAGCACGACAGGCUCAAUGUCUGAGGUGCAAGUGGACGGGACACCUCGCUAAAUGGUGCACAAAGAGAUCCGAAGCAGAUUACAACAAUGCACCACCUGCAAAGCGAAUCAAAUCAGUAUACGGAGCAGAAAAGCAACAGGAUUCGGAGAAGAAGGAUGAAGAGAUUUGCUAUGUUAUGGGACAAAAUACGUUCAAAUUCAGAGUCGGAGGUGUUGAGAUUCCCAUGGCUAUUGAUUCAGGAGCUGCAGCAAACAUGGUUGAUGAGAUUACAUGGAAUAGACUACAAUCAUCAGGGGCAAAAGUGCGCUUUCAACCAGUAGUCGAUCGAUCGUUCAAAGCAUAUGGGUCCGAACAGCCUCUGAAAAUGGCAGGGAAGUUCACCGCAGAAAUUCAAGCAGGAAAGAAUAAAACGCAUGCUGUGUUCUACAUAGCAAAGAAUGGCAGACAAUGUUUGUUGGGUGACGAAACGGCAAAAAUGCUAAACGUUUUAAAGAUUGGGUACAAUAUAGGUUCAGUCCAGUCGAGCGUUUUUCCUAAGAUAAAAGGCAUUGUUGUAGAAAUACCGAUCGAUCCAUCUGUGAAACCUACGCAACAACCAUACAGGCGUGUACCAUUUGCUUUGGAGCCCAAAAUAGCUGAGAAGCUGCAGUACUUAUUGAAUCAAGACAUAAUCGAACGUGUGAACGAGCCAUCCGCGUGGGUAUCGCCAAUCGUACCCAUCGUCAAGGAUUCAGGAGAAGUUCGUCUAUGUGUGGAUAUGAGACGGGCUAAUACAGCUGUAUUGAGGGAGACGCAUCCAUUACCAAUUGUCGAGGAAUUAUUCAGUGGAAUAGAUGGAGCUGUUUGUUUCUCGAAGCUGGAUAUCAAAGAGGCCUACCACCAGGUGGAAAUAUCUGAGCGGUCCAGGGAGAUAACGACUUUCAUAACCAAACAGGGCCUUUUCAGGUAA